GCAUCCCUACGACGCGCCUCGCGCCAUGCCGCCGUUCGCCCCCGACGAUCCUUACGCUCGCCUGCCCGCCCCCCCCGGGCCCCCGCCAGGCGCGGAUCGCUACAGGCGGCCGUCAGCCUAUGACAUGCUGCCAGGUGGCGGCGGUCCCCCGCCUCCCCCCAUGUACCCGCCGCACUACCCGCCCACUGACGGGCCUCCCCGCAGGCCACCGCCAGCUGACGGGCCGCUCACCUACAAGCAGUUCAUUGCUGACCUGGACGAUGACGUGUCACCUGCUGACGCUGAGAAGAGGUAUGUGGACUACAAGGCCAAGUUCGUGGCGGCGCAGAAGAAGGCGUUCUUCCACGACCACAGGAACGACGAGUGGCUACGAGCCCUGUACGACCCGGCUCGCCUUGAGAGCCUUGUGGACAGGCGCAUUGAGUUCGCUCAGCUGGAGAGCAAGCAGUUUCUUGAAAGCUUGCAGCGCGGCGAUGCCGACCU